AGCUUGACACCAUAUUUGACACCGCCAAUGACACCGCCAAUGACACCGGCACCUGGCGGGGCAGCCCCGACACUUUGACCGCGCAAACUUCCAUAUUAGGCUCGAGCCCAUCUAUAAAUAGCACGGGGAAGCCAGCGCUAGUACCGAACAGUCCGUUGCGCUACAGACUGCUGCAACGCCUUCACUCAGGGCCAAUGGGCUGCCGUGUGCUCAUGUGCUUGGAUCAGAUCACCGACAAACCAGCCAUGAUACUG